AUGGAGAAAAAUGAAGUACUAAAUGAAUAGCUUGAUAGAUAUAUCAUUGUUGGCGACACUGGUGGAACAAAUUUCAGAUUAAGAUUAUCAAAGGAAAUCAGAAUGUAAGGCAAAGUUGUAAGCUAUGAAUGUGUCAAGAGUAUUUAAUUAAAGAAGAAGGAUUAUAAAAACUACAGUCAUCAUAUAGAUCAGCUUCUAGAGACUUUCAAUACAGUCUAAUAGAUUUAAGCCUAUUACAAAGAAACAGAUGUGAGAUUUGUUAAUGAUGCGGAGGGUAUGGCGUUUAGUAUUUUAUUCUAAGACCAAUUGCUAUCAAAGAGAGCUGAUCUUUUCGUCUAAUUGAGACAUAAAAAUACAUAAAAUGUUAUCAACUAAAAUUCAAAGGUGAAAUUCUUAUUUAGUAUGGGAACAGGAAUAGGAACUGCAAUUAUCUUACCUUAUCCAAAUGGAGAAUCAUCUAGGAGUUAUAAUCCUAGAUAAAAGGCUUUGUGUGAGAAAAUGAACACUCAUGGAUGUCUUAACCAUUUCUGCUGUGGCUUUGGUGUAUUUUUGCUACAUUAGUUUUUGAAAUCCCAACAUCCUGAAUUGAUUACAAAUUUAGAACUUGAAAUCCAGGACAAAUUUCAACAAGAAAGGAAGAAAUCUGUGAGUCUCUAGGAGUGCAUUACUUACUGUGCUGUCAAUAAAACAGAUAAGUUGUGUAUGAUGGCAAUCGAUUUUCUGAUUGAAAUAUUUGCAACUUGCUUAGCUAAAUUUGCUUUAGUAGUACUACCGAUGGGUGGUAUAUAUAUCAGCGGAGGAGUUGCAAAUUAUCUAUGCGACUAUAUUAAAGAUAGAAAAGUUGCUUCAAAAGAAGUAUAUAGUGAUGAAGAGGAAGAAGAAUAACCAUAAGGACUUUUUUGGAAGUAUUUCUUGACAGAUAGUCCAAUGAAAGAAUUAGUUUUAGAAAAGAUACCUAUCUAUAUAAUGAGAGAAAAUCCUACUUUAGAUGGUCUCGAAGCAAUGCUUUUGUCAGAAUGUAUUUGA